AUGGGCAAUCUCAACACUCUGUUCCUCACCUUCAACUGCGGCCGCGAGCUGGUCAACGCCGAUUAUUUCGCCGCCAGUAUCAUCAAGGGCCUCUCUCACGCUCAGCUCCCUCCGGAUGUGAUAGUCCUCUCGCUGCAGGAGAUUGCUCCUCUAGGCCAGUCUUUCCUCGGAGGCUCUUUCUUGUCGCCAUACUUCGAGCGCUUUUCACAGACCAUCGAGAAACUCAACCAAUCUUGGAAACAUGACGAGCGAUACGAGACAGUACUCUGCAGUAAUGUCGGCAUGACAGCUCUCAUGCUGUUCGCAAAACCUCAAGUCGCGCGCAACAUUCGUGGUGUCCAGACAGCUGGAACAGGAGUCGGAGCAUGGGAGAUGGGCAACAAAGGUGCCGUCGGUGUGCGACUGGCGUAUGCGAUUGACGACGGCAGCGAGAUGGACCUUACCUUUGUUGCAGCCCAUCUGGCUCCCCACGAACCAGCCUGGCAGCGUAGAAACCUGGACUGGCGUUCCAUCAACGAGAACCUGGUCUUCACAAAGGUUACAGACGCUGAGAAGACACGAUCACGCGCGACCAACAACCAAGACGUCCAAGACGAAACAGAACCCCUGCUUUCGUCAGCUACCGACGACCAGCACACCUCGCAAGAGCAAGAAAAUGGCUUGAUGAAGUCGAACUCAUACAUAUUCUUUGGCGGUGACCUCAACUACCGCACGUCGGACAUCAAACCACAUCCCGACAACCACCACGCAUUCCCACGCUGCAACGACUCGCCCGAGGAUGCCACCCACUACUUGCAUAUCAUGCCGAACGACCAGCUGCAACGCGAGAAAGCUGCCGGUAACACGCUGCACCACCUUCAUGAGGCGCGCAUAGACUUCGCACCAACAUACAAAUUUUCCAAGAAAGCACAGGAGCAAGCCGCACAGAUGGUUGAAGAUGUGCAAAAGCAGAUAAAAUCGGGCAAAGACGCAGUCACGGUACCCGACGAGACAGAAUGGCACUGGGCAGAACAUCGCCAUCCCAGUUGGUGCGAUCGCGUACUGUACCUCGCACUGCCUGGUCACGACCCCACUGUCCAUGCCUAUAACUCGCUAUCGUUACAACCUUCGUCAGAUCACAAGCCCGUCGUCUUGUAUGUUUCAAUACCCACUCACCCAGUGGGGUCGACAAAUGACAUCAAAGCACCAUACCCUAUCAAGGCGGGAUGGAGGCAAAGGCGUCAAGCUGCAAGACGCAGAGAGUUGGCUGUCGGAGUUGUGACUUAUCUCGUCAUGACAUGGGAGGGCAGAGUCUUGUUGGUUGGAGCAGUUUUGGCUAUAAUUGGCGCAUGGGCUGCCCUGAGCUCUCUUCUAUGA